UUUACCUGGGAACAAAAGUGAUGCAAGCGUGUGGGGAGGAGCUGCAUAACAGGCCAUCUGCAGACUCCUGAAGACUCCUGCUGUCCUGAAGACAGCAGAGACACUGAGAGGGCUUUCCUUAGACAUCGCAUGCAGGCAGUUGGAAGGACUAAAGCAGCAGCUCCCUUGCAUUCGUUCACCAAGGAAAUCAGAGACAAUGGCUUGGCUCCUUUUCAGAACCACAGGGGCUCUGGCCAUUUUAAUGGUGGUCCUUUUGGUUCAUGGAGAAUUGAGAAUAGAGACAAAAGGACAACAUGGAGAAUAUGAGACAGCGGUACAACAAGGCAAAAGGAGAUACAAACGUGAAUGGGUGAAAUUUGCAAGACCCUGCAGAGAAGAAGAAGACAACUCGAGAAGAAAUCCAAUUGCCACAAUUACUUCAGAAUUCGGAGCAACCCAGAACAUUACCUACCACAUUUCUGGAAUAGGAAUUGAUCAGCCCCCUUUUGGAAUCUUCAUUGUUGACAGAAACACUGGAGAAAUUAACAUAACAGCCAUAGUUGAUCGUGAGGAAACCCCAAGCUUCCAGAUUACCUGUCGUGCUCUCAAUGCCCUGGGACAAGAUGUAGAGAAACUGCUUAUACUAACAGUCAAAAUUUUAGAUAUAAAUGACAAUGCUCCAGUGUUCUCACAAAGUAUAUUCAUGGGUGAAAUUGAAGAAAAUAGUGCUUCAAACACACUGGUGAUGAUCCUAAAUGCCACAGAUGCAGAUGAACCAAACCACUUGAACUCUAAAAUUGCCUUCAAAAUUAUCUCUCAGGAACCUGCAGGCACACCUAUGUUCCUCCUAAGCAGACACACCGGGGAAGUCUACACUUUGACCAAUUCACUUGAUCGAGAGCAAGCUGGCAGGUAUCAUCUGGUUGUGAGUGGUGCAGACAUAGAUGGAGAAGGACUAGCAGCACAAUGUGAAUGUAACAUUAAAGUGAAAGAUGUCAACGAUAAUAUCCCAAAGUUCAGAGAAUUGCAGUAUUCAGCAAGUAUCGAGGAAAACACUUUAAGUUCUGACUUGCUUCGAUUUCAAGUAAUAGAUUUGGACGAAGAGUUCACAGAUAAUUGGCUUGCAGAGUAUUUCUUUACCACUGGAAAUGAUGGGAACUGGUUUGAAAUAAAAACUGAUCCCAUAACUAACGAAGGCAUCUUGAAGGUGGUUAAGUCUCUAGAUUAUGAACAACAACAAAGUUUGCAACUUGGUAUCGCCGUGAAAAACAAAGCUGAAUUUCACAAAUCAAUAAUCUCUCAAUAUAGAGCCCAGUCAAUCCCACUCAUAAUCCAAGUAAUAAAUAUGAGGGAAGGAAUUAUAUUCCGUCCUCCUUACAAGACAUUUAUUGUCCAAAAAGGCAUAAGCAGUAAAAACCUGAUCAAUUAUAUCGUGGGAUCAUAUCAAGCCAUUGAUGAAGACACUGGCAAAGCUGCCUCAUUUGUCAAAUACAUCUUGGGACAUAAUGAUGGUGGUUUGCUAAUUAUUGAUUCAAAAACUGCUCAAAUCAAAUUUGCCAAAAACAUUUAUCGGGAUACUACUUUCAUGGUUAACAAGACAAUCACAGCUGAUGUUCUGGCUGUAGAUGAAAAAACAGGUAAAACUUCUACAGGCACCAUAUAUGUCCAAAUACCUGAUUUUAAUGAAAAUUGUCCAACAAUUGUCCUGGAAAAGGAAACAAUCUGUAGUUCAUCACCUUCCGUGGUUGUCAAAGCUACAGUAAAGAACAAGGAUGACUAUACUGGCCCCUACACAUUUUCACAGGAGGAGCAAACUAUAAAACUGCCAGUGUGGAAGAUCACAAGACUUAAUGCCACCACUGCAAAGCUACAAGCCAUGCAGCAGGUAUCUCCUGGCGUGUACAGAAUCUCCCUGGUCGUCACGGACAACGAGGGCAUGUGGUGCAAGACCCCGGAGAGCUUGACUCUGGAAGUCUGUCAGUGUGACGACAGUGACAUCUGUAGAGAUUCAAACCCGACCCAAAGCCCUGGGCCCCCGAUUAAAGAGAGACCUGGGAGGCUGGGGCCUGGCGCCAUCGGCCUGCUGCUCCUUGGUCUUUUGCUGCUGCUGUUGGCCCUCCUUAUGCUGCUGACCUGUUACUGUGGGACUGGUCCUAUCGGGGCAGUGACCGGUGGAUUCAUCCCAGUGCCUGAUGGUUCAGAAGGAACAAUUCGUCCGUGGGGAAUCGAAGGAGCCCAACCUAAAGACAAGGAAAUUGCAAAUAUCUGUGUGCCACCUCUAACUGCCAAUGGAGUUGAUUUCAUGGAAAAUUCUGAAGUUUUUACAAAUACACACGCUGGAAGGACGGUGGUGGAAGGAGCUUCGGGAAAGAAAGUGACCACCAAGCUUGGAGCAGCUACAGGAUCUGGAGCUGCUGCAGAAUUCGGAGCAGCCACUGGAUUUAGCAACUAUUCCUCAGGACAGUCCGGAACGAUGAGAACAAGGCAUUCCACAGAAGGAACCAACAAGGACUAUGGUGAAGGGACAAUAAACAUGAACUUCCUAGACUCCUACUUUUCUCAGAAAGCAUUUGCCUGUGCCGAGGAAGACGAUGGCCAGGAAGCAAACGAUUGCUUGCUGAUCUAUGAUAACGAAGGAAUGGGUACCCCUGGUUCUCCCAUCGGCUCCCUGGGUUGUUGCAGUUUUAUUGCUGAUGAAUUUGAUGACAGCUGCUUGGACUCACUCAGUCCCAAAUUUAAAAAACUUGCAGAGAUAAGCCUUGGGAUGGAUGAUGAAGCCAAAAACUCUCAGCCAUCCACCAAAGAGAGCGGUUCUGGGAUUGAAUCCUGUGGCCAAUCCGUACAAAUCCAGCAGUCAGAAUCUGUUAGGUACCAGAUUUUGUCAGGCAGCCAGGGAGCGUCUGCUUUGUCUGCUUCUGGCUCUGUCCUCCAGCCAGCCAUUUCCAUCCCUGACCCUUUGCAGCACUGUAGCUAUUUGGUAACGGAGACUUGCUCAGAUUCUGGUUCCCACGUGCAGUCUUCCACUGCAGUCUUUGAUCUACUUCUCACAUAAAAUGUAAUAGUGACGUAAAGAGUGAUUUGUCCCAUUUCCCGUGUUCCUGGCAACCUACGUGGUCUGGCAGAGCUACAAGGGUCACGUAGUAAAAUCUGUACAGAAGAUCCUUGUUCCCUUCUGAUGUGACCAGAAUGAACUGGAAUUAUAUACUGGCCAAAUAUGGAUAUUUGAACCAAAUUAUUCAAAAUAGCAUAGCAAAUCUCACAGUAUUGGUCUGAUUUGGCACUUAUUUGCUACUCUCAUAAACUGAUCAUGAUUACAGUCUAAAUUGUCUAGUUUAUAUCCCCAAACUGGAUGUGUUGUCACUCUUACUUCUCAAAUACUAUUCAAGGCCUAGUAAAUCUUAAUGUUUUACAAAAAAUCUUGAGAUCAUAUUCAGUGGGAAAUUUUCCUAAUAAUUUUUAAACUUCAAAUACCAUGUGUUUUAGUGGAUUAAGUGCUUGGAGUCAAGAACCCCAGUUGUUGAAUCUUUCACCUUUUCUUAUAUCAUUAAUAAUGAUAUGUCAUAAGGUCUUUGCUAAAGCAUCUUGAGCUGCUUGGAAAAAAGGAAGUAGUUGCAGUUGAAUUUUUGCUAUCUUCUUGGUGCUGGGAGACCCUGGGUACAUCUUUUGCUCAAGCUAAUGGUAUUGGUUUAUGCAUUAAACUCGCUGCAUCUAUAUUCCUUAUAGUCUCACAAUAAGACAAUUUUGAAAUAGAAGUAUCAUAGAAAACUUAGGAAAGUUUAGUAUGGUGUAAAUAUUUUGUGUUUUUUUAAAUCACCUUGAAAGGAUCUACCUAAAGAAAAUAUUUUACAUUAAGCUCCUCCCUACGCACUUCUCAGUAACAGUAAUCCUGUGUUAAUAGUCUUUGAAAAUUACUCUUUAUUUUUUAAAUGUCAGUAGGUAGCUGUAACUUACAUAUCACUUAUAGUGAUGUUUAUCGUUAACCCUGUCUACAGACUUCAUGGGAAUACAAAACAUGGCUUUUCUCAUAAGCAAAAGAGGCCUCUGACUAGAAUAACACAUAGUGAAAUUUGUGAAUGUGUAUUAUACACAGUGUUUCUGGUCAAAAAGGGAUACAGAAAGGAAUUAUCAGUAACUCUAUUUUAUUAAGCCUCACUCCUGUUAAAUUAAGCUACUACCGCAAUUUAAUUCUUGAGCAUAACAAUGUUAGGUAAGCGACGGCUUAGAAUAUGUCAUUUCAGGGGUAUUACCCUGAUGGCAACGCAGUUCUUCAAAUCAUUUCUGAUCAUUCAAGGUCUUCAGCCUUUAGCCCAUAGAGAGCACCCUACCUCUUAUCAACUUUUUUGUCCUUAACUGAGUCUUUACAAGGUCAUUGUCUGGCUCUAUGCUCUAUUAUCUCUAAUUGUAUAUAAAAUAAUCCUUCCUGGUUUUUGCCAUAUUCAAAACCUAUAUUUGUUUUUUACAUGGAAUGCAAAGUAAUAAAUUGUUUGUUUUUUAACCCAGAAGGGUACAGUACUGAGGGUUCCUGGGGGGGGAAGAAACCCCCUAAAUAUCCUUACAUCUAGCAUUCUUCCCUCUCCCUGGUGCCAAGACCACCAGGAAGGCAUGUGCUAAGACAGCCCGAGAAGCACAGACAAUCUGUACUUCCAAGACUAGGCAGCUGUGGCAACAAGGCUUGCAGGGUGCCCAUCUUGAAGUGAGGGGAGCUAGACCCUUUGGAGCAGCCUGCCAGGUCCUGAGGAAGUCACUUUGCUAUUACUACUGGGGCCUUUUCUCAAUAGAGAGGUCUUGCUCUGGGAUCUAGAACACAGAGUUGACUUGUGACUCUUGUUUAUGCAUAAGAAUUAAAUUAAUAAUCAGAAUAACCUUUGUUCCAAGUUCAAAUGUGUUUUCAGGAUCCUCAAAGUAUUUUAACAUUGCCUCUUAAAAUCCAACUUAUGAAAUGGGAAUUUUGCUUCUUUGUCAAAUUGCAGAGGAAACUAUGCCAUAGUAGUAAAGACCAAUAAGGGAAAAAUUGAAAUUAAAGGAGUUUUAAAAUAAAAAUAGAUCAAUCUUGUCUAGGAGGACCUAGAAUUAAUUUGCCAUGUAAUGAAAUUCAAAGCAAAAAUGUAUCUGUAUUUUUUCACUAAAAAUAAAAAUUGUUUUCAACAGAAAAACUUUUUAAAAACUGUUUUUGACUUAAUGUAUUAUAAUUUUUAAACAGUAUAUACUAAAACUUUAACAGUCAAACAUUAUUAUAAUAAAACUGUUUUGCAACAAAUUUAUGAGUACUUCCUUAACCAUUUAGCAGAAGCUGAACUACUCUCUGCAGUUAAUAAUUGUUAAGAAAUAUGAUGUAAAAAAGAGAUUGCACAUGCAUUUUUAUCAGUAUUCUACAUUGUUUUUCUAGCUGAUACUUUUUCUGUAUCCUCCCAGGCAGGAAGGAAGUACUGGGGGACUCAGGAUCUCUUCUUCAGGUAGAAAUAGUGCUGGAUAAGGUGCAGGGCAGACUUAUUAACUGGAUGAUUUAACUCAUUUAUUAUUUGUUUGGUAAUUUGGAAUGGUCUCUCAGGCAAAAAAAACUGACAUUCUAUGAAGACUCAGAGAGAAGUUGAAGUAAAGAGAAAGUAAGGUUUCCAGCCUGACAUGGUGACAAAAAUGUACCAUGACCUUGGUGACAGCCAUCAGCCCCUGCGGUGAGUUUGUCUCCCAGUAAAUGCCUGUUAUUUUUAUGUCUUCCUUUAAAGGGAUGCCACAAAACAACUCCCUUCACAACACAGAUCUUGCUUUGGUUGACCCUCCUCAUUCUUAAAUGCAGACAAUUCAACCUGGACCUGGGGUAUGGGGAGCAGAAAUUGGAUUAGAGUAAUGUUGAAUGAAGAAAAGUGGAUGGCUUAACGCAGGCUUCCAAAUCAAUCUCAGGAAAAUGAAAGCUAUGCGGGUAAAUUCCCAAAAAAUCACCAGUCCCUCUUCUUCACAGAAAGUUGAACGAAUAAAAUCAGCAAGAUCAGUUUCUCUUAUCUUAAUUUUCAGAAAUCAAGUAAGAAGGUAAAGGAGUACAUUCAACUGACUAGCUUCACUGCAACUAGCAAAUAAGAAACAACUAGCAAUUAAGUAAAAAUUACGGAUCUUUCCUUCUUGUUAUUAACAAUCCAGUAUUUUCUCAACUCCUUUACUGAGUCUACAAAGACUAAUUCUGAAUCCGUGAUCACAUGAUUUAAGACUUGCUCAACAGCACAGUCUGAGAUCAUUUUUAUGUAAGGGGGAUAACUGAUGAGAAAAGAAAAUAAUUAUUUAAAUUCCAGGUGCCAGAAACAACACGUUUCCACAAAGAACACUGAGAUUUCUUCAGCUUUGCCUGAUCCAGAGUGCACUACAGUUCCCUCCAUGACAAGACAUAGGCCAUUCCAGGCCACAGUGAGCAGUUCUCCUCCACAUUUAAUAACAGAAACAAGCUACCUGGAAGUCAUGGAAUCUCAUUUCUGGUAAACUCCUGAAGACUUACUUUGACAGCACACUAUUUAGAAGAGGUUAUGUGACGUGCCUAGAUAUAAAAAAUAACUUUAUAUUUAAAAUUUUUUAUUUGAUAUUUAUAUAUAUUGCAAAAUGAUCACCACAGUAAGUCUAGUUAACAUCCGUCACCACACAUAGUUACAAAACAAUGUCUUUUCUUCCGAUGAGGACUUUUAAGAUUUUAGCAACUUUCAAAUAUGCAGUUCAGUAUUAUUAUCUAUAGUGAUCCUGCUGUACAUUACAUCCCCAGGACUUAUGUAUUUUAUAGCUGGAAGUUUGUAUCUUUUGAUUCCCUUCACCCAUUUUGCCCAUCUCCCAACCCCUUACCUCUGGAACCACCAGUCUGUUCUCUGUAUCUAUGAACUGGGUUUUUGUUUUGUUUUUUUUAAAUAAUAACUUUAAAUGGUUCCUUCCACCUCAGUGUUUCCAUGAUUUGUGAAAAACAACACAUUUUAACAACUACAACAAAUGUUUUAUUCCCAUGAACGACAUGAGACCACUGUAUUUUUAAUUUCAUGCCUCGGAACAUCUCUGAUGUUUUCUGUGAGCUGAAUUUUUAUUAAAUUAGCAACAGUAAAUUUUGUAUGAAAACAGAACAUCAAAUUAUGAUAAAAGCCAAACACUGAUAUUGAAAGAAUAUGUCCUCAUUUCCUCAGAAGGCAGAGGAAGUAUUUAUAUUCUUUCAUAAUCAAGAGAAGAUUGCAAAGAAGUUUCUUAAUUAUAAAGCAAUACAGAAUCAGGUAAUCUUGGAUUUAUUUAAAUGACAUAAUGGUAUGGUUUCUACUCCUGCAAGGAGGCAUUGUUACUAAGCCAAAAAUGAGUAUUUAAACACAAAAUGUGAGAUUAACUUAGUCAUGGCUUCCCAUGUCCGAGAUUAACUUAGUCAUAGCUUCCCAUGUCCUACUGACUAGUAUUGAUAAUAAGAUUGUAUGGUCUUAACUAGGAGGAGAAACAUACACACACACACACACACACACACACACACAUAUAUGCACACAUAUGCAUACAUAUUUGCCUCCAGUAACUAUGUAGCUUGGUAUAGCUGAAGCAGUGUCUUUCCAUCAUCCAACCCAUGGACCAGACACUAAUGCUCAGUGGUACUGCAGAAACAAAGUUUCUAUACAUAUAUAUAUAUAUAUAUAUAUAUAUAUAUACACACACUACAAGGAGUCUACUCUCUAGAUGUAUGAUUAAAAAGAAAAGAAUCACCUAAAUUUUCCACCUAAAUUUCUUUAGGUAAGACACAAUGAAGAGGCCUUGCUUGACCAAACUUUUAAUUAUUCUCAUCCAGGGCUGACACCCACAACUUUUGAUUAGUAAAAACAUGUGAAAUAAGAAAUGGAGCUAUUAGUCAAAGGUACAAAGUUUCGGUUGUAACUGAUGAAUAAGUCCUAGAGACUAAUGUACAGCAUAGAGCCUAUACUUAAAAAUACUGUAUUGAAUACUUAAAAUUUUGCUAAGAGGUAAGUCUUAUGUCAAGUGUUCUUGUCACACACACAAAAUAACAGUAACAAACAGAAGGGUAGGAGGAAACUUUUAAAGGUGAUAAAUAGGUUUAUGGUAUAGAUUGUGGUAAUGGUUUCAUAGGUUUAUACUUAUCUCCAAACUCAUCAAGUUGCAUACAUUAAUUAUGUACAACUUUUUGUAUGUCAAAAAAUGUUUAAUGUAUAAUAAACCCUUAGUCUAAUAAAUUUUGACAAUAUUUUUCUUCAUCUUCCCUUUUCCUCUCAACUGUUAUAAACUGCUAUGGAUUCUUCCUCAGAAGAUAUUUUAUGGCUGCUAAUGUUUGAAAUCUAAGUUGAUUUUCUAACUAGCCACUCUUUCUAUACACAUUUUCUUGGACUCUGGAACUGUCCUCUUUGUGCUGGUCUUUGAAUAUUCUUUUGAAUUGCAAACCAACAACAAAGGCAUAUGCUGUCAGGAUGAUCCAAGACCUUCUCUAUGCAACACUCUCCCAGGGCCUCCAGAACAAGCCAAUGCAUGCUAUUGCCACCUUUGCCAACUCUAGCUAGGGAAGGAUGUCUCCACUGAAAGAACAAGUCAGGAGGUGUUAUUGAAUAUUUUGAUAGGAAACUGUGAGCUGUCAGGCAAAGAAAACCUGCUAGUUUGCAUAAAAUGAAAACUUACUACUGGAGGACUUAAGAGAAAAUUUUUUAAUUUCAUUACUCAAUCAAAAAUAACUGUAUAUUAUAUUUUAAUGACUAACAAAAGAUAAACUUGAAAUUUUUGUUUUGUUUUGUUUUUCAAUUGUGUGUUUUAAGUUAAUGGUUAAGAGUUCAGGCUUUGGAGACAAAGUACUUGAGUUCAAAUCCCAGCUUCACCACUUACUAGCUGUGUGUCUUUGGCAAGUUACUUCACCUCUUUGCACCUCUCUGGACUAUUGUUAUAGAGAUAAUAACAUUCCCUACCUCAUGAGGUUUCUGUAAAGAAGUUACAAGAAUGCACUUGGGACACAGCACUCAUAAAGAUUUGAAAUAAAAAUAAUUAUUACUAUUUUUUCAAUCUUUAAAAUGAACUCAAAAAGUUGAGUGGUGACAUACAAAACUACUGAAACCAUACAAACUCAAAACAUCUAUAUUAUCUGAUCCUAAGUCCUGUUUUACAGAUGCUCAAACAGGCUGAAAAGUAAUUUGUCCAGGGCUUCCCUGGUGGCGCAGUGGUUAGGAAUCCGCCUGCCAAUGCAGGGGACACAGGUUCGAGCCCUGGUCUGGGAAGAUCCCACAUGCCGCGGAGCAACUAAGCCCGUGCGCCACAACUACUGAGCCUGCGCUCUAGAGCCCAUGAGCCACAACUACUGAAGCCCGCGCGCCCUAGAGCCUGUGCUCCGCAACAGGAGAAGCCACCACAAUGAGAAGCCCGUGCACGGCAACGAAGAGUAGCCCCCGCUCGCCGCAACUAGAGAAAGCCCGAG